AUGCAACUAUGCUGGAUGUGCCAGCGAUUCGACGUGCAGGCAUGGACACGGGAGCCGAGCGCAUGGAGAGGAUACCCAUUGAAAACCUUGAUCAGGAACGCCAAAGGGGGCUGCCCGUUCUGUGGCUUCCUGAUGGAAUCUUUUUCAACCCAAGCAUACAAGCAUGUUGGCGUCAAUAUCGCAGAAGAGGUUGAGAUAUUGCGAAAGGGUCGAGGAUUCAGCCAUCUGCUGAGUCUAGAAGGAUGGGAGCGCGUAUUUUCGCCACUUUGGGUUCACAUGAAACUUCACUGCCAGGAAUCUAACGAUUACCCUCGUGCAUUGGGGGUCCAGCGUCUUUCUGUCGUGAUAGGUAGCGACUCGAUGGAGGCCGCGUCCAGCGUAAUCGACUUCAACGUUGCGGCGGAUAUAGGAACACCCCCUCACACCAACGGAGACAUUGCCGGCAGCAUCAUGGAUUAUACAAACAUGAUGAACGAUGAGUAUAUGCAGUCUAUCAAGAGGCAACUCAACGAGUGUAUCGAGGACAAGGAAGGGCAUAAAAAAUGCGCCGCAACCCUUUCCGGCUGUCGCAGUCUUGACCCUCGAGACGCACCUCUACCGACACGCUUGGUCAGAAUCUUCGAGAGAGAAGAUGGAUCUGUGGAUGCUCGUCUCGAAAUAACAGCACCAGGGCAACGGGGGUCAUAUGCUACACUGAGUCAUCGAUGGACAAGACGGACAGAAAAACAUCGGACGCUUCAGUCCAACCUUCACAGUGGUGGAGGAAUUCAGAAUGGCAUAGAAGGGCUCUCACGUCUUUUCCGGGAAUCGAUUCGAGUCUGCCAUAUACUUGGCAUUCCAUAUAUCUGGAUAGACUCUAUAUGCAUCGUCCAAGAUGACCUAGACGGUGACUGGAAGCGGGAGGCAGUAAAAAUGGCCGCAUACUACCAGAAUGCAACUUUGACGAUCGCCGCUACCGCACAUAGUGCAAAGAAGGGGUACUUCCAACGUCGAAACACGGCAGAUGCCCCCCCAAUACUACGUCUGCCAUACUACGAUAGGUACGGUAUUCAAAGCGGACAAAUAUUAUUGCAGCCAACAGAAAUAGACAAGCGUGGAAAGAGCUACUAUAAACAAGUCGCGUUUGGGGCUUUGCUCUCCCGCGGAUGGGUCUAUCAAGAAUGGUCCUUAAGUCGACGUAUCUUGUGCUUCACGCACACAGGGCCGAUCUUACAGUGUCAGACCAUGGCCCCUAGAACCGCUGAUGGAAUUACCGUUGCAGGUGCGGGGAAAACACCUGAUGACUGGCUCACGGAGCUCUCUUCGCACGAGCGACAGGAAAACUUGAUGAACAACACCUUUGCGGUCAAGAUGUCAAUGAGGUACAAUUUCUCAACGGUUGAGAGCACGCUGUCGUGCUGGGAGACGAUAGUCAAGACAUACACUGCGACAAAUCUCACAAAGGACUCGGACAGAAUGGUGGCUUUGGCGGGUAUUGCUAAAGAAUUCGGAGAUGCCCUCUUCGCCAACCAAAGCUUGCAUGACUUUGGCAGUACGGAAGUCUCUGUUGAUAAAUAUGGCUGUGGGUUGUGGCUUUCUGGUCUCUGUCGUGCUCUCUUAUGGGAACAGGUUAGAAUCGGAUGGCCUCCGCAUGAUAGGAACGACCAAUUCCCAACAUGGUCAUGGGCAUCGAUCAGCACAAAGAUCGAUUGGCCUCAAGUUCCUCAACGUGGCAAGAUUUGGCGCCUUGUCCCUGGUAUUGGCACCCAGAUUCAAGUUGAAGACCAAUGCCGACUUAUAGAGGCCAGGAUUGUUCGUCCAAAGGACAAUCCGGUUUCUGUACUACGCCAGACGACUUGGGAUUUUCAACCAGCUGAUCAGUAUAGUCCUGAUUGCGCCUUCGUGAUACUCUAUCUUGAAGCGCCUCUCCAACCUGUUACCAUUCAUAGUUAUUUCGAUUCAAAAGAAGACGUACGAGCCAUGGAAAAGAUUAUCCAUAGGCCUGCGCCGGAUGAGUCGACUUAUGAGGGGCUUGAAUGGCGCACCGUUAGUCUUCGUUCAUACCCUGAAAAUAUCGUCGGCUAUGCAUCGGUGGAACAUCCAGAACUCCAGGUUGAUGGAUCGAAGAGCGACAAUUCUGUCGAGGUCUUUGCGUUGCUUCUAUCGACCCUUCGGGGUGUUGAUGGCGGCAACGUAGUUGGUAAUUUACUGCCAUGGCAUGAUGUUUACAACGUCGUAUAUCUUCGGAAAACAAAUGUAGUGGCAGGUGCUGCGGUUAGCGGUGACGAUAUUUAUGAGAGAGUAGGUACAGGAAGGCUGUUUGGUCAUGAUGUCUGGGAUGGGUUUCGGGAUGCUAGGGAUACAAGGAUCCGUUUGGUCUGA